AUGUUGGAAGGCUACUUUGCUGGCGUCCAGGAACGUGUACUUUCCCGCAGCUGGAACAUGGAAGGGAUUGUGCUUGCCUUGGUAUUAGUCACGGUGGGGCUUUACCUCGGUGGGAGCUAUGCCAACAAAUCCAAGUUUGAAUCUUGGAUUCGUGAACAAUCAAAGAACUUGGAGUCCCAAUUCUUCCAAGUCGGGGUUUCCAAGAAAGAAUUGUUUUUCAGUGAUGACGAACAACAUUAUGUCAGUUAUGCCAGUGGUCGUGUCAACGUUGCCCAAUUUAUCAUGAAGUUUACUUUGGAAAGUCGUCAAAACUUCACGGUGUGGCUCAUGGAACACGUUUUUCAUUUCUUUUUCGAAUCGAUUGAGGCCCUUAACGAUGAAGUGGAAAUCACUGCCACUUUGCAUGACGAUAUUAAAGUUGAUCCAUUUAUCUGUGCCAUUGUCAACAAAGAUGAUAUGGAUAAGAAAAGAAAGGACAAUUACUUCUUGUCAUUAACCAAGACUUCUGACUCUGACAAGUUGCCAGUCGAAUACGUUUACAUGUCUGAAUCUGCGGAAAUCAACGAUGCGUUGUGGACCCCAGAAUUGAAAGAAUUGUUGGAACAAAACGUUGAUUUGAUUCAGUACAUUGCCUUCACCGACCAAUCAUCUGUGCAUCCAUUUUCAUUGGACGAGACCAAGCCUAAGUUUAAAGCGUAUUUGAAAUUGAAGUUGAAAUCCGACAAAAGCUCUUUGGCCAGAACUUCGGAAAUCAUCAAUAGAUUCCUUGAACUCAUUGAUUUUAUUGCUUCCAAGAAAUUCAAGAUCCGUUCAGAAGUCAGCAAGAAGAUUGCCAAAGUUAGAGAAGCAGAAGUCAAGAAAUUGCAAAAAUUAAUCGAUCAAGAUAAGAAGGAGCAAUUGGAAGAACAGAAAUUGGAAGAAAUGAAAAAACAAAGAGAAAAGUUGAAGAACAAUCCAAAAGAGUUGGAAAAGUUGGAAAAGAAGCAAAGAGAAAAGCAACAACGUAAGAUGAUGAAGAAACAGAGAGUUAGAGGAUGA